ACGAACAUAGCUGAUUAAUUGAAGACUUGUAUGUGUUUUGAUCGGUUUGAGGACUCUAGUUCCCCCACAUAAAUCAUAAAAUUACAAAUGGCGACAGUAAGUAAAGGCAACAUAUGAGAUUGCGUCCAGAGGCACACCCCUCCCUCAUUGGCUGUUGCCUAGAUACCGAGCGUAACAGCAGCUACCGGCAGAAAUGAGCUAAACUGUUGGAAGCCUUAUUUACAGAAAUGCCCAAAUAUCCCGAAGAGACACGAAACGUGAGUGUACAUCCUCCAGGCCGUUGGGUGUGGAAUGACGAAGAAAAAACGGUGGAAUUUGUCAGCUCUUGUCCUGCAGAGGAGGGUGUCUCGAGAGAAAGAAAGAAAACAAAUGUCAGCUUCAGAGAGUUUCAGCUGCGGUCUGAGUGGCUGGCUGACAUCUGUACAUUGAACCACAGAGGGCGCCACAGCACUAAAAAGAGCCUGAGCCAUGUUCAUUUGAAUGCUUAUAGGUCCUCAAUGAUAAAGAGGCAAGGGGGCCAUGUCACCAUUGAUGACGUGAAACAGGUAGCCGUCAGUUUGCUGCAGGAGAAUUAUACACUUCCUAUUCCUCUCUGCUUCCUGGCUCUAUUGAAGAGGAAAGAGCUUGAUGAAGUCCUGACUGCACUCCUACUUUAUCUGUGCUGUUUCUUUGAACACAAAUCUCUGGAGAGCAAAGCUAAUCCUUUAAUGGUUGACAUCAUCACAGAGCACCAGAGACAAGCCAAAGCUUUGACCAAAAAGGAGAUAGCCCAAAAGAAUCUGGCUGUCGGCUACUUCAGCCUCAUCAUGGACCCAGAGGUAGACAGGCAUCAACGCAUCUCAUAUCGCAAGGGCCGGUUGUCUUCAAACAGUACAGAAUGGCUGCUGCAUGCGUGUUUGUACAGCUUCUUCUGCUAUGUGGCGUGGGUGACGUUCAGCAGAAAGUACUUGAAGGACAUCCAAGAGGAAGUGGGCCGUCUUUUCUACUCUGACGCCUUCAACAUGGCGGUGAGGAACAGGGCAGAUGGAGACCCAGAAAUGACAUCCUCUAAUGUUGAUGGUUCAAUGAAGACAGGAGAAGCUGACCCCAAGGAGACAGGAUAUAAUCAGAAAUUCAGGCAUCGGUAUGUGAAAGAGAGGUCAUUCCAGAAACGCCCUUCCCUCAGCGCCAUAGUUAAUCAGCGAUCCCCCCUGAUGGUGUCCCUGCUGCCCUCGCCCAAAGAACUUUCACCCCAUCUGUUCCUUGGCAGCCGGGCCAGGAAACAGAGUCCGCUGCCGGCUGAGCACUGUGACCCAAAGGCUCUGACUGAGGAGAUCCACCAGCAGCUGGCUGAUGUCAGCUUUGGGAUUCUUGGGAAACCGAUGUGUCAUUUCAGCCACAGCACCCUGAUUCCCCUUGGAGAAAACCAAAACAGCAGUGAUGAGGAAGAAGACCAUGAACCUGAUAGUAAUAGCAAAACCAGGGAGGAUCAUCCUGGCUUCAGUGUCCGAGGUAGCAGGUCAUCAUUCACAGGACCCUGCAGGUCAACAGGCCUCACUGUACAUGACAUUACCACCUAAAUUUUACUGCUUAAACAGAGGCGAAGACUUUAGACUGCGAAUGACUUACAGUGUCUGUGUGCGAGUUGUUUGUCAUUUUCGUUGGCAUUCAGCAGACAUUGUACGUGCAAAUGAAUUCCCCGGCACAGCCGACAGGGUCAGAAACACAGACCCAGGUAGGAGCUGAUUUUUCAUUCUGUGUUUCUCUAGACUGUCAUCACUCCCUCCAUGUUUUUGGAAUUAGCUCCUGAAUUUCAAAUCACUGUCUUAUUAUCCGCCAACUGGUGGUGCUGUUGAAUAAAAUAUAAAUAAAUC